AUGAGUGAGUCUUCCAUACGAACGAUUAAGAAUCAAGAGAAGGAAAUCCGUAAAAGUGCAGAGCUCAGUUUCAAUAGUGAAGCCCGCAGAGUAGUAUCUAAACAAAAUGCAAACAUUAUGAAAAUGGAAGCUGCUCUUGUGUCGUGGAUUAAAGAGGUCAGAGAGUGGGGUGUUACAAUAGAUGGACCCCUAAUAAAAGAAAAGGCGAAGGAACUGUAUUUAGAGAUUGCAGGUGAAUCUACAACUGCUCCAGCUGAAGUAGAAAACACUGAUAAACUUCAGCCAGGACCCUCAAGUAUUCAACCAUUUCAUGCUAGUGCUGGUUGGUUCCAUAAUUUUACUAAGAGGUGCAAUUUGAAAAGUGUGCUCCUUCAUGGUGAAAGUUCUUCACCCGAUCUUGCUGCAGCAAAAUAUUAUGUGGAAAGUGAGUUCCCCAACAUUAUUGCGGAAGGACAUUAUCAACCUGAGCAAGUCUUUAAUAUGGACGAGACUGGGUUGUUCUGGAAGCGAAUGCCAUCGUGUACAUAUUUAUUUAAAGAUGAAGAAAAUGCCUCUGGGUUUAAAGCCCAUAAGGAUCUUUUAACUUUAGUUAUGUGCAGCAAUGCAGCAGGCUUUUUGUUAAAGCCUUCUUUAAUUUAUAAAUCAAGAAAUCCAAAGGCUUUGAAAAAUAAAAGUAAAACCACCUUGCCAGUUCAUUGGAUGCACCAUCCAAAAGUUUGGUUUUCAAAUGUCCUCAUGGAGGAAUGGUUCUUUAAAUCCUUCAUUCCCCAGGUUAAAGAUUAUCUGAAGAGCAAGGGUCUUCCCUUCAAAGUUCUCCUGGUAAUGGACAAUGCUGAAGGACAUGCAACAAACCUCCUUGAAGAAGGCGUAGAAUUGAGUUUUUUUCCGCCAAAUACAAAGUCAUUAAUCCAGCCUGUAGAUCAGGGCAUUAUUCGGACAUUUAAAGCUAUUUAUACAAGGGAGUGUUUCCAAAGCCUUGUGCAGGCGAUGAACAGUGUAGAAAAUUUUAAUUUGAAAGAGUACUGGAAACGGUACACAAUUGCCUCUGCACUGCACAACAUAGGCACUUCAUUAAAAGCCAUGAAAACACAGACAACCAAUGCAAGUUGGAAGAAACUUUGGCGGGAUGUUGUACAUGACUAUGAAGGCUUUGCUCCUGAAGAGAUUCACUAUGAAGCAGUUCGAAAGGCGGUGCAGUUUGCUAAAGAACUAGGGGGUGAAGGCUUCUCCAAUAUGAAAGAAGAGGACGUCAACAAGCUGAUCGACGGCCAUAGCCAAGCUUUGUCUGAUGCUGACCUUGAAGAAUUAGCUAAGGCCGCAAGUGAGGAGGAAGACAAGGAUGAAGAGGAGCCACCUUGCCUGACUUUUGAAGUCCUUAACAAAAUGAACAUGUAUGCAAGAGAAAUGCUAAAGCUGUCUGAGAUGCAUGACCAAAAUAUGAUGCGUUCCAUUACCUUUGCUAAUCAUCUUGCAUCUGCAAUGGCUCCUUACACCUCUUUGCUUCAGAGCAAAACUAAGGCAACCAAUAAUAACUUUUCUGAUAAAGACAUCUGA